AUGUCGUACUUCUUUGCAACCCCCGUCGAUAUUGACAUAGUGCUAGAAGAUGCCGACGAGAGGUCAAUGGUCGAUGUCAAGCUUGAUAAGAACCGACGGGAGAAGGCACCCUUGUACAACGACGGCGAAUCCGUCAAAGGCGCCAUCACAAUACGGCCAAAAGAUGGCAAGCGGCUAGAGCACACAGGCAUCAAGGUCCAGUUCAUCGGCACAAUCGAGAUGUUCUUCGACCGUGGCAACCACUACGAAUUCCUCUCCCUCGUCCAAGAACUCGCCGCCCCAGGCGAACUCCAACACCCACAGACCUUCGACUUCAACUUCAAGAAUGUCGAGAAGCAGUACGAGUCUUACAACGGCAUCAACGUCAAGCUGCGCUACUUUGUCCGCGUCACGGUAUCCCGUCGCAUGGCCGACGUCAUUCGCGAAAAGGACAUUUGGGUCUACAGCUAUCGCAUCCCCCCCGAGAUGAACAGCAGCAUCAAGAUGGACGUUGGUAUCGAGGACUGCCUGCACAUCGAGUUUGAGUACAGCAAGAGCAAGUACCACCUCAAGGAUGUGAUUGUGGGGCGCAUCUACUUCUUGCUUGUGCGCCUAAAGAUUAAACACAUGGAGUUGAGCAUCAUCCGCCGAGAGACGACGGGAGCGGCGCCUAACCAAUAUAACGAGAGUGAGACGCUGGUUCGGUUCGAGAUCAUGGACGGGUCGCCAUCAAGAGGAGAAACGAUACCUAUCAGGCUGUUCCUGGGCGGGUUUGACCUAACACCAACGUUCAGAGAUGUCAACAAGAAGUUCUCCACGAGAUACUACCUCAGUCUCGUCCUUAUUGACGAAGACGCGAGGAGAUAUUUCAAGCAAUCAGAGAUCAUCCUGUAUCGUCAAGCCCCGGAACUCACCAACGGGCCAGAUGGCCUACCAGCCCCAACAGAGGAUAGAAUUACCACUGUGCCGGCGUAA